CGCCUCGAAUGCGACGGUUGGCCGUGAAUGCCAGCUCCAAUGGACCUGCUGUUUCCUGGCGAUGUGAAUCGAAAAAUCGAUUAUCCGACAUACUAUACCUUCCCUACGCCAGCGGCGUUGCUGGCGACGCUCCUUGUACAUCAGGACAAGUUCCCCAACCCGGACGGGCAGAAGAGCAUCCUCGUGUCGUGUGCGCCUUCCAAGGGAGAAUUCUUUAGUUCUUUGCUUGAGGACACUUCACCUACAACGCAUCCAGACUACCUGGACCAAGAAUUACUGGACCAGCCUCCGGUUACCUCGUCACAUCCCAUCAGCGACUGGAUCCGCAGCGAUGACUUAGCCAAAGUAAGAUGGAUCAUCGCAGCGUCCAUGAUCGAAAUCGUGCAUGCACCGACCCUAACACAUCUCCGUGCCUUACUCUCUGCCUUGCACUCCACCUCCACAUCUCCGCCACUUCUCGCCAUCUCCUCCUUCCUCGACGUGCACCAACGCGGCGGUGAGCUUGCUGCACAGGGUGUGAGCCGUACCUUGGCUGCUGCGAUGGAAACAACGAAUGGAAGGCUUUUAAUUGGUGAUGCGAUGGAGGUGGAUACGCAGAUGCCUAUGUUGAAUGCGGGUGCGGGGAUUGGGUUGGGAAGUGCGAGUACGGCGAGGACGGCCAGUUUGAAAAGGGUUCUUGGAAUGUGGAUACGGCAUUGGUGGAAUGCGAAGUGAUUGCUGCCAGAUCGAAUAUGGAAAUGUUUUCAAGCACGGCAGCGAUAUGACUUGGCUACUCUUUAGUGGGUAACCCACCGACUUGUUGCUCGCUAAAUCGCAUACAGGUCGGGCGUCUAUUGCAUGCUUCAGUGCCGGUCGAUUGUCUACAGACCGAUAGGCGCACCAUAGACCUGAGGGACGAGCUGAUGGAGAUCGCCGUUCGAGCUGCUGAAGAUCGUCGUCGAGCUGCUGAAGAUCAUCGUCGAGCUGCUGAAGAUCAUCGUCGAGCUGCUGAAGAUCGUCGUCGAGCUGAUGGAGUCGAGCUGAUGGAGAUCGCCGUUCGAGCUAAUGGACCAUAACAUCAGCCCUCCCUACGUUGAAGCCGAUCGUUGAAGGAAAAAGAGUACAACAAUGCGUACGUAACUCGCGCCGCUGCCGUAUAUCGG